AUGUUGGUCCAGGCUGUACAGGGCCUUUUAACCAUCGAGGCCUCUACCGUCGUAUAUCCCACGGCCGCUCUCACUCUCCUCCUCAGUGUGGUCUUCGCCGCCAUCAUCCACAAUGGAGUCACAGCCACCACCCGCAGAAAGCUGCGAAACCUGCGCAGGCUCGGGCUAUCGAGCAGCAACAGCAACAUGACCGACCAAUAUGACUCAAAGUAUGCCGUCGCUGAAGAAGACUCAGCCCACACCUCCAUCCGCAUCAAGUCCAUCUUCAUCCACCCCGUCAAAUCAUGCGGGCCCAUCGAGGUGGAGCGUGCGUUGCUCACCAAGACCGGCUUCCUGUACGAUCGAUGCUUUGCCAUUGCAACUGUAGCAGAUGGGAAAUGGCGCUUUAUCAGCCAACGGACGAAGCCAGCAAUGGCCUUGAUUGCGAAUGAGCUGUGGCUGCCGCAUAAGCACAGCGACGCCUCAGAUCCACUCGUCCAGGCCGGCGGCUGUCUGGUUUUGAGGUUUCAAGACCCAGAUAUGCCGGCCCCGACUUGGAUGGACUGUCUAGAGUCGCUCGUCUAUAAGGGAAAUCUGGCUGCGACGCCCGAGGUCUCUGUCAUUGUCCCCCUGGAACCCUCGCGUUGCCAACAGGAGCAAUACCAGAUAGAGCAGAAGACAUUCACCAUCCACGGCCGUGAUACAAAGGGCCUCGACAUGAGCACUGUCCCAUCUAUGGCCGACGUCAUGCCGAAGCUGAAGCGCUUUCUGGGUCUCCCAGUGACCCAGCCCCUUGCACUGUUGCGAUGCAACGACGACUCUCUUACUCGGACAAACAAGAAUCUCGCCCCGCUUGAGCAUAUCGGCUCGCCGUCUGUGCACGCAUACACAGACCAGCAGCCGGUCAACAUCAACAGCCUGUCCUCGGUGCACGCUGUAUCUGCACUGCUUCCUAUCGAGAACCAGCCACUCGACGCGCUUCGCUUCCGCGCGAAUCUAUGGAUCACUGGAGCCCCAGCCUACGCAGAAGAGUCUUGGAAGAGAUAUAGAGUCGUCCCCAAGUCGUCUGGCAUUGAAGAACAAAGGGCAUCCGUAGCGCCGGCACUGUCUGUCGUCUGCCGUACCUCUCGAUGUACGAUGCCAAAUGUCGACCCGGGCACUGGCACGUUUGAUACGGAUCUGCCACCGGAGGGCAAGAAGAAGGGCAAGCCGCAGCCUAGCACAACACUGGUCGAUCAUCGAACUGUAGAAGCCGGGAAUAAAGCGGCACUGGGCUACCUGGGCAUGCACUGCGUACCGGAAGAUCGGGAUCUAGAGGAUGCUGAGGCACAAGGAAAGGGACUGUAUGUCGAGGUUGGGGAUGAGCUUGAAGUGCUGGAAACGGGCGUGCAUCUCUACGGGUCCACGAAGGAUGAUUACUAG